CACACACACACAGAGAGAGAGAGAGAGUAGAAAGAGUGAGGCACAUCUUGAGGAAGUUAGCAAAACAACAGAAGUAGAACAAAAGGCACAUCAUACUGAAGAAUGGGAUUGGUGCAAUACUCUGUGGCCCUCCUGAUGUUAUCCACACAGUUGGUGCUCAGCUUUCCCACACCAAAGAACACCUACACCAUUGGUGGGAGAGAGUGUAACUAUUGUCCUGCAGGUAUGUAUCAGAGUGAUUGUACAACAUGUGAACACUGUCCUGCUGGAAGUUACACAACUGACUUGAACUAUGAAGAUGAAUGCCAUCGCUGCUUUGGAGACUGCAACCCUAAGUUUCAUCUUAAAGUGGUUCAGAACUGCACCAGUACGUCUGAUAUGAAAUGUGACUGCGAGGAUGGUUUUAGAUGCAUCAGGCGGACCCAUGACAAAAAGAACUGCUUGUCUUGUGAGAAGAUGCCAGACCCAACCCCAACCACCUUGCAAGACACUGUCAACCUGUCCAGGGUGUACGUGGUCUCUUACCCUGUGACAGCUGGGUUCACCCCCACCCUGAAUCAGAUAACCAGAAAUAAAUGGAUGGAUGGGAUUUACUGA